AUGAAUCAGAGCACUGCUACACCACGAGCUUCGGAUCCUUCAUCUCAGAAUCACGCCGCAGGGACCAUCACUUGGACAUGGACAAGACGUACUGUGCAGACUCAGUCCCGCCGAACCGUCACCCACACAAAGACAACGGUCGAUGCUACAGAGACCAAAGUUGUCAGUGAGAAGACCCGCAAAGUAGACUCUGAUAUCACCCAGACAAUAACCGGCUCAUCAAACAUUCCCGCUGUCUUGAACACUGACAUUGCAACUUCGGGUCUCGCCCAAGAUGUUCUGCGGGAUAACUCUCCCUCCCCAACCGACUUGACAUUCACACAAUCACCUCCUUCCACUCCAAGUUCAUCAGCGCAAUCAAGUGAUGUGCUAUGGGGUCAGGUUGAGGACUUAUCGGAAUAUAUGAAUGCUGUUAAUUUGGAUUGA